GUGAUUUGCGUAAACUACGUAAUUUCUGAUGCUGUUAGUAAACUUAGCGACCACCUCCGUGGCCAUAUCGUCAAUUAUAGUGUUUUUGAGUUCAUCUGGAUUAUAAACAUUGUGAAUUCCAUUUUAAGACAACGAAAAUAAGGGAAUAUGAGUAAAAAGAUAUUUUUGUCACAAGUCAAGUCAGAGGAGCUUACGGCUGCUGCUGCUAGAGCUGUUAGUGCAAGUCCUCCUCUAACUCCAAAUCACUCAUCUAUAAGUGAUGAUGAACUUGUAUCCCUCUCUGUGAAAGAACUGAACCGCUUAUUAAAGGGAUUAUCUAGAGAUGAGGUCAGUAAACUUAAACAACGAAGGCGUACUCUUAAAAACAGAGGUUAUGCAGCCAACUGUAGAGAAAAACGCAUAUCUCAAAAAGAAGAACUGGAAACUGAAAAAGAUAAACUUCGUGCAGAGGUAGAGAGACUUCAGAGAGAAAAUAAUAUUGUCAAGAUGGAGCUUCAUGAGCUAAGGAACAAGUGUGAGGCCUUGGAACAUUUUGCUCACAGAAAUGAUAUUCGAGUGCUAACACAUCCUCAUGUUGUAUCUCCCAUGCAUGGUUCCAUCGUUGUCAAAGCUGAACCGAUGUUACCAAGUUCUACAGUCUCAUAGCAACUUUGCUUCACAACAGGGCUACAUUUUUAUCUUAACAUUUUAAAGCAAAAUAAAACUUGAGGUUAACUAUUCACACACACAAGAAAUCAAGUUGAAUCACAAGAUGAAAAUAACAUGUAUAUCUCAACAAGCACUCGAGGCCUUCAAGUGAACUAAUUGUAGUUACUGAUUCCAGUUACUUACAAAAAGGGACUUCCAGAAUUUUUUUCUUUAAUUCUUGCUGCCAAUUAAAAACUUGUACAUUAUUUCACAAGUGCUAUGUAUUGUGGUUUUUACCCAGUAAACAAAAAUAAGCAAGUAAACUUCCACUCAGCGACAAAGAUUUCACUCAUUAACAUUUUAUUUUAUCACACAUUUAAACUUACAUUUUAAACAGCCAAAAGGAAUGUUUAUUUUAAAAUGUUUUUGUUUUGUAAAAUAAUGUAAUUCUAUGAUUUAUUCAGUUUCUUGCUUAAAAACACUUCUUUGGAUAUUACUAUAAAUAUGUCUUAUAAACUGUUACCAAUUAAAGAACUCAGAAUUUGGGAGAAUAAAUUGACCAUUGAAAUAAAUUUGAAAUAUUCAUAAAUACUGUAUACAAAUUGUAUACAAAAAUACUAAAUCUAUAUUAAUAUAAAACUGUAACACCUGUAAAUAGUCAUCUUUGAAUAAAACAUUUUAAUGGAAUAUUAAUUUACAUGCUGUAGAAAAAGCAUAUAUAAAUAGCUUGUUUGAUCACAUUAACACCAAUGUUUAUAAAAGAAAGAUAUCAUCAGUCCAGUGAUUUAUGCCUUCUUCUUUAAAGCAAAACAAGUAAUUGUUUUCACAAAUUUAUUAAGCUACAAAUAUUUAUUAUUUAACACAAAAAAUUAAACAAUUUAAAGCAGAAAGGUUUUAUUUCAGUUUAGAUAAAGCUGAAAAGUAAAUAAUUAUUUAUUGUGUAGGACAUUUUGUAACCAUAUAAUUUCCAUUCUUUUUUCAAUUUCAAAGUUGUUGCUAUAUAUUUUAUAGCAUGAAUUGAAAUGAGGUUGAACUUGCCACUAUAAAAUUUAAUAGCUUAUAUUUGUUUAAACCAAACCAGUUCCUGUAUCAUAUUUAAAUAUUUUUUUAAAUAGACGUUUAACUUUUAGUAUCAGUUGUUCAAAAUAAAUUAGAAAAUAAAUGUUCUUUAAAUCUGCUACAAUUUUUAUAGUGGCAAGGACCUGGAUUGUGCAAUAUAAUUAAGUUUGGUUGAAUUAAAUUUAAAAUGUAAGCAUUUUAUGAAACUUUGUUUUAACUACCAUAUCUCUUUUUGUUACAGAUAUAAAAAAUUGUUUUUUUGAUUAAUAUGUUUUGAAUGCCUUGCCAUAAGACUGUUACUUGAUUUUUUUCCUAAUGUCACAUUUCAGAUGGAUUAUUCUCUUUUUAUGUAAUAAUUUUAUUCCACAUUUUUGGUGUCACUUUUAUUAAAUACAAAAAAAAGGAGAAAUACUAGUAAAAUGCCAAGGUUCUUUCAUUGUAGCCAAUGAUCUAUUAUUUGUAUGGUAGUCUGAGUUUCAAAAUGCAUAAUUGGUUAGAAAAUACGACAGUGUUCAAAAACAUUUUCUGCAUUGGUUACAGUUUCCUGACUCAGUUUUAGUUGUCUUAGUAUUUAAAAAAACAAAAUUUAAUAUUGUAUUUUAAAUUUGAAAAUCCAAUUAACCCCAUUUGAAAAAUAGUUUUAAAAAUGAAGUCUCUACACCAGGUUUUUUAGUCUAUUAAAAAAUCUUUUAAAAUACAAAUGUUAAUGCAAAAAAAUGUUGACUUAAAAUUUCUGAUAGUGAAGUGCAUUAAAAACCAUAAUUGGAAAGUCAUCAAUGAGGGUAAACUAAUACUUUGUUAAAAUAAACUGUACUUUGUCAUAUUGCAUCUUCAACCUGUUCACUUUUGCAUUAACAGUUUUUUCUCCAUCAAGUUUUUCUUUUCAUCCAUUUACUCUCUUCAUUGUGUAUUUUUCACAUAAGUUCAAAUUCAUUGUGUAUAUCCACUGACUAAACAUCUCAUUUUUACAUCUAAUUCAGUUUAACAUUUAGAAGUAAUCACAAUAAAACUCCUUAAUCAAAAUGAAAAGCAAUUUUUUUAAAAACAACAUCAAAACAAUUGCUCACUUGACUCUCAUUGAUUGCUGUUCUAAGUUACAAUUAAACCAUUCCCUGGAUUGAAACUGAAAAGUAUGAGGUUAUUUUGUUUAACUUGUCAAGCUGCUGGUAAGAAAGCUCAUUUUGUUUGUUAGUGAUGUCGCUGAUUUGUGUUGAAGGAAUAUAUUUUCAUUCUUAGCUAAUACCAGUAGCUAAUUUCUAAUCUAAGUUUAAUUAUAAAAGUUAUUACAGAUUAUCUCUCUUAUUUUAGUAUUCAUGCCAAAAUGGCAAAACUACCCGUGACGUUUUUUUACACCUUUUUUUUUAUUUUGAUGUUCUGCCAAACUGUUGUAUUUACUUGGAAUUAAUACAUUUAAUUUUAUAAUAAAGAACAUGAAGCUUAAUUUUUUAUCACUUUUGUUAGGUUUAUAAUCAUAAAACUGGUAUAACAACUCGCUUCUAGUAUUUCAAGGCCAUAAUAAAAAAAUAUUUUUGCCUCACUUUUUCAAAGUUUUUAAGUAUUUGAAAUAUAAGCUAUCUAAAAGUUGAUUUCACACUAUCAGUACCACUAGGUUUCAUGCAUUGAUUUAAAGAGAUACAUUUAUCAGUGUGUCUAUUUUUAUUUUUGAGGGGAUGCAGCUGUUGAAUUUGGGAGCAUAAUGUUGUGUAUGAAUCAUUCCAGGGGAUGUCUGGUUUUUUUGUUGUUAAAUAAACGAAUUAUUCUUAUAAAUCUGUUUUGUUUU